UCACAAUUUCAUCUCAACACGGGACGAGGGGGAUAAUCAUCCGAGUUGAGCCUUCCCAUCUUGAACUCAACAUCGUUUAAGUUGUUUGUUUGCUUAAUUUGAUAAUUUUUAAACAACGUUCUGUUCGCUAGAUAAUUUGUUUUCUUUUUACUGAAUUAAGGAUAGAUGAACCGCUCGAAUUGAUAAUUAAAAAUAUACUUACUCUAUAUUACACUCAUCUCAAAAUUAUACUUAACCUACGGUAGUAGUGUGUAAUAGGUCGCGAGUAACUCUUCUUUUCUAAAGGUAAUGAAUUUAAGUGCCCCUUGGCUGCUGCCGGCAACAUAGUGAAUGUAUAUUUGUCCAUCGGCCACCAAGAAUAAGGUGCCUGCCCGAUUGCCGAUUGGUGUAUCUCAAUAGUCAACCUCUCUCUCUCCUCUCAAUUGUCUCUAUCAAACUCCUUUGCACAAAACUAAACAGAAUCUUGUAUGGGAAACAUGAUUAUACGUGGGGAGCAACAACUCAAAACUAACACAUUAUUUGUGUUAUAAUUAUGUGAACCCCUCCUUUCUUACAUCCUCCCUCCCUAUAUCUUUCAAUAGCUCUCGAUUUUUUGUCUCUAUUGCUCCUUCCAUUUCCAUUUCAUCAUCAUCAUCAUCUUAUGUUUGAGCAACAAGCUCUGCCAUCACCACAAUGACUACCUGCUGCUUCUCCAAUUUGCCAUUCUGAAGGGGGAAAAGGAAAAAGACUUUUGAUCAAAAGUUGGGAAAAAGAAAAAUGAUGAUGUAUGAUAGCUUGCUGGCGAGAAGCUUCACCAAACACGAGCAGAAGAAGUUGGGAAGAGGGGCACUGAUCAUUUGCUUCCUCAUUUUCCUCAGCUUCUGCACCAUUUUCAAGCCUCAGAAAUGGGGUCCCCUGCCUUCUCCUUUGGAUCUAAGGUGGUCUCCUGGACUGUUUCAGAAGUUGUACAUGGUCAAUGAUACAGCCAGCUCCCUGCUCCAUAUGGCCAAGAAGAAGAACGUGGAAAUCACCCCCAACAACAUUCCUGCCAUGGAGAAUCAUACAAGCGGCUCAAUGCAGCACACACCAAAUCCAGCUUCUGUUAAACAGAGCAGAAGGACGACGACAACGACGACGAAGAAUGACGUAAGUACAAUGAACCAUAGAGAAAUGAACACCACCAACAAUAAUGAUGGUGGGAUGGAAAAACAGAGCAAAAAACAGAGCCGAAUCCCUGUUACGUGCAGUAAGGGUGAAAGAUCGGAUUUCUGCGACUUGAACGGUGACGUCAGGGUUGAUCCCGGUUCAGCAACGGUUUACUACGUUGGCGCGGGAGGCCAAAACAAGACUGCUUCGACAAUGUCGAUAAAGCCCUACGGGCGAAAGGGCGACGAGGUCGCCAUGGGUUUGGUGAGAGAAUGGUCGCUGAAAAUGGUUGCUCAAGACGACAAGGACUUGCCGGCUUGUUCUCAAAUUCACGAAUCUCCGGGGGUUGUUUUCUCUCUCGGAGGGUUCGCCGGCAACCAUUUCCACGCCUUCACCGAUGUUCUCGUCCCGCUGUUCGCCACCGCAAGGCGGUUCGACGGAGAAGUGGAGCUGCUCAUAACCGACCAUCAACCGUGGCUGGUCGCCAAGUUCGGAACUAUACUCCGGGCACUGUCUAGGUACAAUUCGAUGGAUCUUGACAAGGAACAACAAAGCGAGAAAACUCAUUGUUUCUCAAGGCUAAUACUAGGCCUAAAGGGGAGGCACAAAAAAGAACUCAACAUCAACCCAUCGGAAUCUGAAUACACGAUGGUAGACUUCAAACAAUUCCUAAGGAAUGCCUAUUCAUUAGAGAAGGCAGCCGCAAUCAAACUACAAUCCAAUGACAAGAAAUCGAGGCCACAACUUCUUAUCAUAUCGCGUAAGAGAACUCGAGCAUUCACAAAUGUCAAUGAUGUUGCAAGGAUGGCAAGAACACUUGGGUACCAAGUAACAGUUGCAGAGCCGGAUAGAAACAUCUCAAAGUCGGCAGAGAUUAUGAACUCUUGUGAUGUGGUGAUGGGAGUCCACGGAGCAGGGUUGACCAAUAUGGUUUUUGUUCCGGAUAAUGCAAUUUUGGUUCAGGUUGUUCCGCUGGGAGCGGACUGGAUUUCGAAAACUUAUUUUCGAGAGCCGUCGGAGAACAUGAAAGUAAGGUAUUUGGAGUAUAAAAUCAAAAGAGAAGAGAGCAGUUUGAUAGAACACUAUCCACCUGACGACGUCGUUUUCACCAAGCCGUGGUCCUUUGCAAAAGAAAAUUGGGAUCUAUUCAAAUCUAUUUACUUAGACAAUCAAAAUGUAAAGCUUGAUGUGAAAAGGUUUAGACCCACGUUGUUGAAAGCUUUAGAGCUUUUGCAUCAGUAGCCUAUUUUAUGUUGUUUCUUAUUCCCCCGGAAGGUUGAUGUUUGUUUAAUCCAGAUCCUUUUUCUUUGUAGAAAUUAACCUUGUUCCUUGUAGGGUCUUUAGACAAAAACCCAAAAGGAUUUACAAAGUAUCCACUACAAGCUCACAAUUAGUUAUUUUUAUAAGGAAUUAGAAGGGAAUGAACAUGUCACUCAUUCAUCGACUUCAAAUUUUGGGAAUAAAGUUUUACUUUGUAA